CCCGAGCUUCCUCCUCCGCUCCGAUUUUAAAUUUCGAAACCCCCUCCUGCUUCUACCUAAACCUCGCCCCCCCUUCUCCGUCUCCUUCUCUGGCUGCCUGCCACUGGGCGCACGCGGCACGCACGACGCAAUCAGCUCCGCGAGGCGGAUGAAACCUCGGCUCCGCAGCUCGGAGAUUCCGUGCCAGCUGGGGAAGGGGACGCGGUGAGGAGGAGGAGGAGAUGGGGUGCUUGUUCGACUGCUUCCGGGUGGCCGGCGGCGAGCCGAGAGCCGGGCGCUCCCGUGCCCAUCUCGUGUCCUCCGUGGCCCCGGCCGCUAAUCUCAAGUUUGCCGAGAGGAGGGGGAAGCCGUCCAGGAACGCGCUCUCCGCCGUGUUUUUGCGCGAAGAUGACGGAUCGCGUGCUGCGAGCUCAGGGACGAACCACGGCGCUGAUAGGCAAAAGGUGGAUCGGGAGCUCAUGCACGAGGUCACUUCCCUCAAAAACGGUGGUGUGCAGUUGGAAACUCCAAAGGAAAUUAGAAAAGGGCCUGAAAGCACGGAUCCAGUUUACCAGACUGAAACACAUUCAGCACGGCUACCUGCCUUUUGUGAAAACUUGGAUCUCAUGGAAGUGCUGAAGGCUGAGGAUUGCCAAACUCCUCCAGGGUCUCAUCAGAGCUCCCAUUUACCAGAUGCUAUGAGCUCUUCUUGGAAAGGUUGUGAUGCAUCAAGUCAGCACGAUCCCCAACCUGUGAGUAAGAGCAUAGAAUCAUGCAGGGUGAAUAAUGAGUCUGUGAUUGACUCUGUGAUCCAGUUACCGACCUUAGAUUCAUGCUCUUCCAAGUCUUCACCCUUUUCAACUCCUUCAGAAGUGAAUGCUGAGAUACAGCUCCCAGCUACUACUCAUGCACCUAACUUGGAAGAGGUUAGGAAUGAGAACAGUACUAGGGCUUCUUCGCAGCAUUUAUAUGAAGCUCUGAAUCCUGUUGAAGAUUUCAAAAAUUCUGAAGUGUUGAAAGAAGACCCCUGUCAGCCAGAUAUAUCAGAUGAGAAUCUAAAAUGCGCAAACAAUGGCAGUCUGAUCUCGAUUGAACUUUCAAUGUCUGAUGAAUGUUCCCUGUUUCAGAACUCUGAUGGUUCUGCAUCAUCAUGUAACAAGAUAAGUGAUAGCAUGAACACAGCUUCCGCAGAUAAUUGCGUCGCCUCUGAGGCAACAGUUCUUGACAGCAGAAAGAAGGUGACUACAAACAGUGGUUCAGAUGUGGAACUCCCAAGCCUAUCCCAGUGGUUAAAGCCUCCAAAUCCUAGAAAGGUGAUCAUGGAUGGGACCGAUACAAGCGACAGAGUUCAUUCUGCUAAGAGUUCUGAAGAGGAUAGGCCUAUCAUUGGAAUGGUUGCAGCUCACUGGAAAGACGGAGAGCCAGAGAAUUUUACUCCUAAAUGGUUCGAUGGAAAUGGCAUUCCAAACUCAACAAAUAAGUACAAAGAAGACCAGAAGGUGAGUUGGCAUGCGAUGCCAUUCGAGGAGAGGCUUGAAAAGGCUUUAUCUGAAGAGAAGUUGCUUUCCCAAAGGAAAUGCUCCAGCGGAAAUACAUCACAGUUUUCAGGUGUAGAAGGUGAGGAAAGUGAUACUGCUGCAUCCAACCAUCUAUAUGUCACUGCUUUUACAUGAUAUUUGGUCUGCAAAGAGUUAUGGAGCAUCAAGUUAAUAUGGUUUUCUUGCUGCCACAUUCGUGAUUGAUGGCUUCUGCACAGUUCUGUUCCCCUCUACUGUCCUUCAGUAGGUGGCUCUCAGGAACAAUAUUUUUGUCGGUUACUAUGUAUUGAUGAACCAAUGUUCCAAAACAAAUCAACAUGGUUGAUUUCAUAUAUAAUUGGUAUCGAGAUUCUCAACUUGUGCU